UAGUUCUUAUGCAGCGGAGAGAGACUAAGACUAACACUAACAGUAGCAGGUGGAACAUGUACACGAAGUGAAGGUGGAUGCUCGAUCGAUCUUGCUAUAAUAAACAAGUCUUGCAAUUGUAGUCCAGUUCCCGCGUCUUUUUUUUCACCCGAGGUGAGAAAAGGAAAAACGUUUUUAGCUGUUUCGCAACGGCGGAAAAACAAAGUUACUUAAAACUUGUUAACGAAGUAGUUUCGUGUGUUGAGACAAAUCCAACAUCCGCGUGGAAAAUGAUGAAAAAAGUCACCCUCGUCGCCGCUGUGCAUCCCCUGGGGGGGGGCGUCUACGCGGCGCAGGAGAAACAACGCCGGACGACGCAUUUUUGGCAAGGAAGCGAAUACGCCCCCUCGGGGUUCAUGCAGCAUGAGCGCGUCGUCGCUGGUGGGAAGAAGCACAAGAAAGAGAAGAUGAAGUACAAGGACCUGGAUGAUUUAGACAAGCACAUCAAUGAGCUCCAAAGCCUGCGCAAAGAAAUUGCCAAUGGCCCGGGCGCGAAGAAAAUGGAAAAGCGUGUUGCCAGCGAUUGCGGAGGCAUCUCUCUGUCGGAUCACUGUCACGAAAACGAAAGAAAAUUUGAUGUGAUGGUUAGUUGCGGUUGUGGAUCGGAUGAACUCAACAUUAAUUGCGGGUCCUAUGAGCACUGCGCGUUGUAGUAAACCUUAUACGUUUUUUGCAAUGAUCCUAGUGUGGGUGCUCCAGCUUCCUUCAAUUUCUAUUUGACUAAUAGCAGUAUGAGUAUCACCACUAAAAGACAGAGUUGCGCAAGUCAGGAGUUGUUUCUUUCUGUAUGCAAUAUUUGUAAAUGUAUCUCUGUCUUCUACAUGUUCCGCAGGAUUUUAAUUCGCUUGUGCUUAUUUUACAUAAAAGUUUUUCGGUGGUUACACUUAGAUGUUCUCCGCGUAAGAGAAUAUCUCGAUUGCCUAGAAGACGUCGCUUACCCUCAACAAGUCUCAAACGAUACUAAAUAAUUUCUCCUCGGACGAUACAUCACCACGCGCACACCGCUCCUUACCAAGUAUCGCGCCACUCUUUACCAAGUACAUAGCCUGUAGCUUCUCACGAAGAAGAGCCAGCACGUGGCGAAUUGCAUAUCCCGUUGGUGCAGAACCUCGGGAGAAACCGCCUGAUGGAUGAGUGUCUGUCUCUCGACGAGUAGGUUCCGAAUCCGCGGGAUAGGUUUUGAAGGAGUAAUGUGCCCCUCUAUCCUUAGCAUUUUUUAGUUUUUUCUCUUUAAUUCCAUUUCACAAUCAAAAGUAGCCCUUUAUUUUUGUUUUCGCCCAAAGUCAAACUAGUAUCAUCAUACAUGGUUCCUGUUUCAGUUGAGCAAACGGCUUUUUUUGUUUCUGAAGAACAAGCCAAAACCCUAACUAUUCGAUAUUACUUACUAUACUACCUAUUUUCUCAGUCGCAAGGCAAGGCCAAGGUAGGACUUUUACUUCUUGAGAAGUGUGGUCGAAGAGGACCUCUACGGAAGAAGCCUGGCCCGUCGCGACCAAUUUGAAGUAAGUACGUAAUAUUCGACCAACUACAUGAAUCUAGUGGUGUCGGAUGCCAUCGUGCAGAUUGUCUUCUUUAGCACAAAUUGCAAAUUUCGGUGGCAAGUCAGGCUCCGGGGAACGCGAGCUUAGGUUUGACGGUGAAGCAUUUUAUUUUUCACUAGCCAGCACGAACAGCGCGGGAGUCAG